CAAAAGAUUAAACAUGAAGAAUCUUUAUAAUGCAAUAAUGGUGUUGUUUCUAGUUGUUACGACGACGACCACGGGCUUGCUCUCGUGUGCUCACUCCGACAAUGGUCAGGAGAUGAUCUCCAUGGUCGUUGACGAUAAUGAUUCUUCGGCACAACAGACAGAGAAAAUUAAGGCCGACAAUAGCAGGCGGCCACUAGUAGUUCAAACCGGGCGAUCCAUGUUGAAAGAUGGAAAGUUAUCGAAUAUUUUGCGGAAUGGGAGAGAGAAUUGUGUUGGCGUUGACCAGCCAUGUGGGGCCUUUGACUAUUGCUGCGACGGCUUACAUUGUGACGGAACUUUUGACGGAAGAUGUCGCGAAGGCCAAGGUGAUUGUAUUAAACUUGACCAGCCAUGUGGGGUGCUUGACCACUGCUGCAGUGACUUACAUUGUGACGGAUAUUUUGACGGAAGAUGCAGAGCACCGGAUUACUGCAUACCUGUAGGACAAUCUUGCGGCGCAACCCGCAUCCCUUGCUGCGAUCAAGGGUCGUGUGACGGGCUUAUCUCUGGAACAUGCCGACCCAAGGACUACUGCCUACCUGGAGGGGCUGCUUGCGAAUAUUCGAUAUACAAUUGUUGUCAUGGAUUUUGUUAUGUCGACCCCGUGAGGGGGGGAUCAGCAUAUUGCGUGUAAUAAAAGAUUACUCGUAUAUAUUUGCUGCUGCAUGCCUUGUACGUACGUACGUGUAAUAAUAAUGCAUGCAUCCAUGCAAGCACGAUGAUGUGUAGUCCUUGAAAUGGACAACUUAACUUUAAAUGUCUGUUUAAGUAUGUAUGCUUUUCAAUUAAUGGGAUGAAUCUAAAAUCCUUCUCUUUGUUAAAA